AUGGUGUCCGAUGAAGCUUCGACAUGUCCAGAUCUCCGACCGAGUCCAGUCGCUCCUAUCGGUGAACCAACGUGCGAUAUAGAAAAGAACGCCACUUUACCCUCGUCACAUGAGUGUCAAGAAAAGCAGUCAGCAUUUAAGAGCCUCGGCGUCCUUGAUCGAUUUCUAGCAAUAUGGACUUUCCUGGCUAUGGCGACAGGAAUCAUUCUUGGCAAUUUCGUCCCGAGCACAGGACCUGCGUUCCAAAGAGGGACUUUUGUUGGAGUAUCGAUUGCGAUUGAUUAUUGCCCCGUUUUUCAUGGUAAAUCCUUGCUGCUAUUGCUUUGUCUAUAUGCUUUUUCUAUUCUUAACUUUGCACGUAGCUGGCGCUGGCCUGGGCUUUUUUUGCCAGACGAACCAGAGUUACGACAAGGGCUGAUAUUGGUUGGCCUGGCAGGAUGUAUUGCUAUGAUUUUAAUCUGGACUGGGCUUGCGGGAGGAGACGGCCAAUAUUGUGCUAUAUUGGUUGCGCUUAAUUCGUUACUAGAAAUGGUUCUGUUUGCUCCACUGGGAGUUUUCUUCAUUGGUGUUAUCAGUGGCGACUCAGUAACAUUCGAAUACGCCACCACCGCCAAGAUACUCGCACUGUUUCUGGGAAUUCCCCUAAGCUCCGCAAUGCUUACCCGCUUUACCAUUCGUCAAGUGGUUUCGGAUAGAUGGUACGAUCGGGUCUUUCUGAAGUGGAUUAGCCCAUUGUCUCUAAUUGGGCUCUUGUUCAUAAUCCUGGUUCUGUUCGCGUCACAGGGCCGUCAGGUGGUCCAUCAGAUUGUCUCUGUCAUCUGA